GUGAAAAGUCAAACACGAAAAAUCAACAUUGAGGAAUUGCAUCUUUUUGUAUUUAUUCUAGCAAUCGUCGACAAUUUGGGAAAUAUUUCUCAGGACUAGACGGCACCAUGAGUGCUAUUUCGCUAACCCAAACGGAACCGGCUGAAACAGUAACUGCUGCUGCUAGCGGAGCAUCCAGCGAAUGUCGAAUGCUACUAAAUGUAGCAAGAUAUUACGGAAUUAUAUCGAAGAUCGUUAAUAUCUUAGACCAAAACUGUCACGCUUUACCUACCAAUGAUAUUGUUCAGGUGGUUCAUCAACCAGAAAACCAAUCGAUUUUUAUUUACUACGGAGAAAUAAUAGAAGAAUGCCUCUCGGAAACGGAAGCAGAUGCGAUUGAUUCGGUCGAUGUACAAGUGAAGACACCUUCUAACUCAUCCGAACUUGUGGAUAAUACUGUUGUCGCUGAAGAAUGUGAUAUUUCAAUAGAUGCGAUAGUCGAAGAAAAUAGUGAUGAAUUAUUCAGCUUAGGCGAUUCGCAAUCUGUGCAAUCGUUGAAUUCUAUACAAAAGAAUCAAACAGAGUUUGAGGUGAUCGGGACAGUGAAAAAAGAGGAAGUAGAAGAUAAUGUAGAUGACAAAGAAAUGUUAUUUUCCAGCCUAAAUGCUAGUGAUGAUGAUAGCAAUAUUUCCGAAUAUUACGUAGAGUUUCUUCAGGAAAUCGAUUCAACGACUGGCGAGAUUGGUGAAGAAACGGUUGUCCAAGAACAAAAUGGCAGAGAUCUUUCUAAGGCUGAAGAAGAAAUUUCUCGAGUAACACGUUACAGAUGCCACUUUGUUUCUUGCUCUCAGCGAUUUCAUUUGGCCAAACAAUACGAUGAUCAUAUUCGAAAAGAACAUUCCGGUAUUAUUAGGCAUCCGAUAGUACUUCAAUGCAGGCACACGGAAUGUUCAGCCACAUUCAAUGAUACGUUAAAGCUGUAUAUGCAUCACAAAAAACAUAAACCUCAACUUAAAGCCGAAAAGCCUUUUUAUUGCAGUGCAUGCCAGAUAACAUUUAGCAGUAAGGAUGAACUAAGAAAACAUAUUCAGGGUCACCCCAGGAGAAGAAACAAACUUCAAACUAUAAAAUCUAACAUUAAGCGUCAAUGUGAAUUUUGUUCUGAGGUUCUUGAACCGAAAAUCAACAUUUACAAUGUACACUGCGUUGAAAUCCAUGGUCGUGCGUUGUACAGUUGCUUUGUCUGUGGAAAGGUUUUCCACCUGAUGGCACAUCUCAGCGAGCACAUAAAGGCUGGUCAUGAUGUCGAAACGACUCGGAAGUAUAUUGAUGAAUCUCUCUGGAGGAUAUUCCAGCACGGAAACUCAACAAUUAAAGAAUGCCGAAUAUGUUUCCGAUUGUUUGCUUCGCAAAAAGCAGAAUUUCAUCACAGUCAACUACAUAUCAAAGAACUGUUACUAACCUGCUCUCACUGUGGUGGCAAGCACUACGAAAGUCAUUGUACAGAACCCCGUCCCAAGUAUAAUCAGGUUUAUGAGAAAGUCCAGUGUGAGCAAUGCCAACGAUGGAUGUCGAAAAAAAAUAUUAAGGAGCACAUUGCGACGCAUGCCAAUGAUCGACUUUACCCCUGCACGGUAUGCCGAAAAUCAUUCAAGGUCAAGCGAACCGCUCAUAGGCACAUUCAAAACCAUAUCAAUGCACAGAACAAAAGACGCAAAUGUUACGAUUGCGACCAGGAGUUCGAAAACGACUCGCUCAUUCCGGAGCAUUAUCGGCUGCUGCACGUCGACCGACGGCCGUACAAUUGUCUAAUCUGUGGCGAAGGUUUCUUUCUGAAAGUGGAACUCGGUGAUCAUUCACACACGCACAGCGACGAGGAACGGCGCCGAAUGUCGGUCCGGAAUCCGGUCGAGCACUACCAGAUCGGCAAUGCGCGAGUCUACGAGUGCACACUCUGCCGGCGAGCGUUCUCAGCCAAACGAACCACGGUUGCUCACUUCAUAGUGCACACAGAUCGACCCUUUACCUGUCAGUACUGCAGUAUGUCGUUUCGGGUAAAAAUUGCACUGGAAGAUCACCUGUUGGACAUCCACAAGGUUAAAGUGUAACAAAUGGCAGUUGGUUCGUGGAAAAGUGUGAUGGUUGGUGUUGAAAUAGGUGAAUAAUAACCGCUAUUUUGUACUGGAAAAACUUCGAAUUAAUUACAAAGAAAAGAAAUGACGCCAAAAGUAUUCCAGCAACACGUAUUCAAAUCCGUAUAGGUUUCAAUUGCCUUGCAAAAACAAUGCAAUUAUGUUUCUACGAAAUCUUAUAAGGCGUUUACGAAGUUUAUUUACAAAGAAAUGCUAGCCCGAUAAAGAGUGAUUGACAAGGCCAUCAGCUAUGAUUCGAUAAGAAUUAUUUCACAGUAAAACAUUGUUUUCCUACUACAUAUUUUUACAUCGCCCUGUGGCGGCGUCAAUUCAUAGAACAGUGUAGUUGAACAUGUAAAUGCAUAAAAAACUUGUUUUUGCAACGUUCUUCCUGGCAAGCUGAUAAGAUCAGGGCUAAAGUAGGACGUUAACUAUAAUAUACGGCAUGAGAAAAAAAUCGAUUGUCGCUAGUCCAGAAGUUCUGUUUUCAACUGGAUUGGGAUUGGAAAUUCUUAAACAGUUCAAUGUUUCAUGUCAAAAAUGUUUGAUAGCUAAAACCCAAAAUGUAGGCGGGUAAUUAAAAAUUCACUCAGUAAUUCGCGGGGAGUUUAGGAGCCUGCAUAUGUACCUAAGGACUUCAGGAGCUUCCAUAUCAUAAUCUAACAAAUGUGAAAAUAGUUGUGGAAACCAGAAUCUGUAACAAUUUCGGUUUGAAAGUCCAGAAUGAAAAAAAUAUGUGGGCUCUUGCUACCGACACGGCGACACAAAGGCAUAUUCUUUUUACGCAAAUGCUCAUAUUGUCACAAAACAUUUAAAGUAAAUCAGGGAAAUCAGUAACGUGAAAGUACCUUAUUGUGAUGUAGAGCGAAACACUGAAAUUUGACUUUUGAUAUCAAACCACUCUCUUGCUCUAAGUAAUUUAUAAGCAGUUGAAUGUCUGUGGCUGCUGAUGCGCAAAAGAUAAUUCUUAUGAUUAUUUUUCAUCGCUCUAUUGAGAAUUUUUGUUUUUCAUGCUUGCUAAUAGAUGAGAGUAAAAUAACUGGCCGGUAAUUGAAUGUUUCAGUUGAAAUCGUUUUCGGUUUCAAACUGGAGUGGCUUUGGCAUUUUUCCAUUUUUAGGUUAAUACUAAUGCCAAUUCAUAGCAUCCCACCUGACUGGUUUUCUUUCUAUUUCCUACGUAUGAUUCACAACAGAAUACGCGAGCCUCCCACUGCACUAGGUAGAAUUAACGUUGCACCAAGCGCAAUUCUCUCGUUGCGCAUUAUGGGAAAGUGAAAGAACGCCAGUGCAGGGGUGCUUCCAUGAAAAAUAUCCCACUACUUUGUAAAUUCCACUGAAAUCGGAAUAAUGAUGAA